CGCGCUCCGGGGCUCUCGGGCGUCGCCGUCACCCUCGCGAAGCCCCCACCCAGGUCUCAGCGGACUUUAGGGAGAAGUGAGUCUGGACCUCGUGACCCGGCCGUCCUGGGUGUUUGCUCAGAUUCCGCUCGGCCGCCUCAUGGCAGCGCUGAGCUCGCUGCUGCUGGCCGCGCUGCUGUGGGCCCCUGCCGAGGCCCUGAGCUGCUAUGGAGACUCCGGGCAGCCUGUGGACUGGUUCGUGGUAUACAAGCUGCCAGCUCACAGCGGGUCUGGAGAUAGUUCGGGGAAGGGUUUGAAGUAUAAAUACAUGGACCAGAGCUCCGAGGGUUGGCGCGACGGCGUGGGGUACAUCAACAGCUCAGAGGGAGCCGUGGGCCGCAGCCUGCUGCCGUUGUACCGGGACAACUCCAGCCAGCUGGCCUUCCUACUCUACAACGACCAGCCUCCUAAAUCCAGCUCAGCUCCGGACUCUUCCAGCCGUGGGCAUACAAAGGGUGUUCUGCUCCUGGACCAAGAAGGGGGUUUCUGGCUGAUCCACAGUGUGCCACGCUUCCCACCGCCUGUGUCCUCUGGUGCAUACAGCUGGCCUCCUAAUGCUCACACCUAUGGGCAGACCCUACUCUGCGUGUCCUUUCCCUUCGCCCAGUUUCUCAAGAUUGGCAGGCAGCUAACCUAUACCUAUCCCCUGGUCUAUGACUACAAGCUGGAAGGCAUUUUUGCCCAGAAAUUACCUGACCUACAAGAGGUGAUCAAGGGUCACCAUGCCCUCCAUGAGCCCUGGAAUAGUAGUGUAAUACUCACUUCACAAGCUGGGGCCACCUUCCAGAGCUUUGCCAAAUUUGGAAAAUAUGGAGAUGACCUGUACUCCGGCUGGUUGGCAGCAGUCCUUGACACCAACCUACAGGUCCAAUUCUGGCCAAAUUCUCCAGGCACCCUGCAUUCCAACUGCUCUGGGACCCAUCAGAUUCUUAAUGUGAAUCAGAUAGGCUUCCCUGGCCCAUCUGGGCCAACUUUUAAUGCCACAGAAGACCACUCCAAAUGGUGUGUGGCCCCUCAAGGGCCCUGGGCCUGUGUGGGUGACAUGAAUCGGAACAAAGGAGAAAUGCACCGAGGUGGGGGCACUCUGUGUACCCAGAUGCCUUCCCUUUGGAAGGCCUUGCAGUCUCUGGUGAAGGCCUGGGAGCCCUGUAAAGAGCCCAGAGAGCAAAAAACUAAGACUGCGGGAAUAGCUGUGCAUGGUGGUGCACACCUUUAAUCUCAGGCCCUUCCUAACUGGAGACCUUAGUAGUGCCUGGAACUCAGAGAUCCAAGCCAGCCUGAUCUACAAAGUGAGUUCCAGGGAGACCAGGGCUACACAGAGAAUAUGUGUAUCAAACCUCCUCCACACACAAAUAAAAGGGGGUUGGUGUUGUUGGGUUGAAUCCCAGGGCUUACCACAAAGCACCAUGCUGCUCUGGCUGUGAAUUCAAGUACCAGUUCAGCCCCUCCCUAACUGGAGACCUUAGUAGUGCCUUAACCUCCUUGGCUGUCCAGUGAUCUGCAGCACAACAGAGGCUGUUAAUAAAAGGAACUCUGUACAUGA